CGAACUGGGCUCUCACAGAAACAGUCUGUCGCGCGCGAAAUCGGACCCGUGAGCUCGCGUACACGCGCGUAACUCGUCAAGCAUGGAGAAGGCCGUCGAGAUCGAGUCGGGGGAGGGGCCAAUCUGCAACCUCCACCAGGCGCGCCCCGAGCGCUCCGCCAUCGAGAACCCGAUCUCCUGGUGGGGCGACACGCCCUGGCUCACGUGGAACACGGACUACGGCGGCUUGGCGACCCUCUGGACCGGCUCCGGCGAGGCGGAGGCGCUCGGCGAGCUCUUCUUCGACAACCUCGCGACGCUGCUCUCCGUCACGGACCUCAUGCUCGGCUUCUUCCUCAACGUGCUCAUCGGGGGCGCGGCCAACGGCCUCGACGCCACCGGAGCCUACUCCACGGCCAUCGUGGACCGGUACACGACGCUCUACUACGAGCGGUGCAUCCCCGGCGUCGCCGUGGGCCUCCUCUUCGGCAACGUCUACUACGGCUACAUGGCGGGCCGCCUCGCGCACAAGGAGGGCCGCACGGACGUCACGGCGCAGCCCUACGGCAUCAACACGACGGGCGCGUUCAUCACGCUCGGCGCGAUCAACCUCACGGCGCUCUUCAACCAGCUCUACGACAGCAAGAACCUGGACAAGAUGUUCGGCGGCGACCCCAAGGGCGCGGGCAAGGACGUCGCGGACAAGGCCUUCAAGCUCGCCGUCUGCGCCAACUUCCUCACGGGCCUCGUCGAGAUGGCGGGGAGCGUCGCGGGGCCCUUCGUCCGCGCGCACGUCCCCUCGCCGGCCAUGUACUCGCUCAUGACGGGCGUCGGCUUCGUCUACCUGGCCUUCGACCCCAUCAUCAAGAUCAGCGCCGAGCCCGUCCUCUGCAUCGUGCCGCUCCUCGUGGUCCUCGCGGGCUUCUUCGGCGGCGUCCGCUACCGCAUCGGCUCCACGGGCGUGACGAUCCCCGUCGCGCUCGUCGCCAUCUGCCUCUCCGUGCUCAUCGGCUGGUCGACGUGCACGGGCACGUCGAAGCACGACGCCAAGUACGCGUACCGCACCUACGCGGGCGAGAUCGGCGCCUGGGGCGACGGCAUCUUCGACCUGUCCUACCUGAAGUGGGACGAGAUGAAGUACUACUUCGGCAUCAUCCUCGUCGUCGGCGUCGUCGGCUUCGCCGCGACGCUCGCUUGCGUCGAGUCGGCGUCCGCGGCGGGCGACGACUACCCCAUGGUCGAGACGAUGAUCGUCGACGGCGUCGGCACGUGCCUCGGCGCGUGCUUCGGCUCCUUCUUCGGCACGACGGUCUACAUCGGCCACCCGAUCCACAAGUCGCUCGGCGCGCGGCGCGGCUACUCCAUCAUCAACGGCGUCCUCUACGCGGGGCUGCUCUGGUCCGGCCUCUUCGCCACGGUCUACCGCGUCAUCCCCAACUGCGCGGCGAAGGCGCUCCUCGUCUUCGUCGGGCUCCUCAUGUGCCGCCAGGCGAUCGAGGACAACCCGCCGCGCUACUACCCGGCCAUCUUCUUCGGCCUCUUCGCCUGCAUGGCGAACUGGGCCAAGCUCUACAUCGACCCGGGCGUGCCGUGGAACAGCGGCGCUAACGCCUACAAGCACGCGAGCCCCCCCGACGAGCUCGACGACUUCAACUUCUACCUCCAGAACAUCAAGCACAAGGACCUGCCCCCGGGCGGGCCCGACGCCUGGUGGAACUCCCCCGACGCGGGCAACUGGGGCGACGUCGGCAUGGGCAUCAAGAUGAUGGGCGAGGGCGGCGGCGAGUGGUGGACCUUGUUCAUGACGGCCAUCUUCUGCUACUGCAUCGACCGCGACUUCGCGCGCGGCGCGAUCCUCUGCGCGAUCGCCACGGCGGUCCAGGGCCUCACGGGCAUCCCGACGAUCUACAACCGCUCCAGCGCCUCGGGCAAGAUGGGCCCGGAGAUGGUGGGCCUCUACCCGAAGAUCGACGACGACACGAACUUCUCCUGGGCCUGGACGACGGCCUUCGGCAUGGCCACGGUCUUCAUGCUCUUCCACCUCGGCCUCCAGCGCGCGGGCCUCAUCGACCCGCCCAUCGUCGACGACCACGUCGAGCGCCUCCCCAAGAACUAGGCCGCGCGCGCCGCCGCCAAGCACGAACGCCGCCGCGCGCGCGCCCCGCGCCGCGCCGCCGCGCCCACGACACGCCCGCGCCGCGCUCCCCCCCCCGCCGGCCGCCAGCGCCGGCGGGCAGGCAGGAACCCCCCCCCACUGUUGUCCAGCACCUGCACACAUCCCCCAGACCGCUCUCGCAGCGGUCCUGUGCCAUACUAACGAAUGAGAAAUCU